CAAUAUUAUUUCAACUAGUUUCAUAAUUAAAAGCUGUGAGAAAAAAAUUAUGGCUACUAAAUUACAUUACACAUUGCUUUUUCUUGCAUUUUGUUUGGUCGUCUUACAAAUUAAUGGUCAGGAACCGGCUGAGGGUGAUACCAUUGUAUUUGACAUAACCAAAAACGGUGCAAAGCCUAAUGCUGAUGUUACACAGGCAUUUUUAGACGCAUGGAGUGACGCAUGUGAAUCAAAAAAACGAAGCAAGGUAUUAAUUCCUGAAGGAGAUUACUUGCUAGGCCCUAUUAAACUAAAAGGUCCAUGCCAAACACCAACUACAAUAGAAAUUCUAGGGAACUUCAAGGCCCCUUCAAGUUUGGCUUCGUUUAAGAACGAAGAUACAUGGUUUAAGGUAGAAAAUGUCGAUAGUUUGACAAUCACAGCUCCUAAAGGGGCAGGUGUAUUUGAUGGCCAAGGACAAGAAGGUUGGAAACAGAAUGAGUGCGUUAAGAGCUACGUCAACUGCUUCACCCUUCCUUAUAACUUUAGGUUCAAUUUCGUGACAAAUUCAAAGGUUAUCGGCUUAACUUCAAAAGACAGCAAGAUAUUUCACAUAGCACUCCUAGGGUGUAAGCACCUGGAGAUGACUGACAUAACUAUAACGGCCCCAGCAGACAGCCCUAACACAGAUGGCAUUCACAUCGGGCGAUCAGAAUUUGUUACCAUAAGAGGAUUCACCAUUGGUACCGGAGAUGACUGUGUGUCCUUCGGUGAUGGUGCUAAGAGCAUCCUUGUAGAAAAUGUCACCUGUGGACCUGGCCACGGUAUUAGUGUUGGUAGUAUUGGCAGAUACCCUAAUGAGGAGCCAGUCUCAAACAUCACUGUAAGGCAUUGUACCAUCAAGGAUACCGACAAUGGUGUCCGUGUUAAAACUUGGCACAACUCUUACCCAUCCACUGUUGAUAACUUGCAUUUUGAGGAUAUCACUGUUGAAAAUGUUAGAAACCCUAUCAUUGUUGAUCAAGAGUACUGCCCCUACGCUAACUGCAUAGAAAAGACACCAUCAAAAGUUAAGCUUUCCGAUAUUAAGUUUACGAACGUGAAGGGAGCUUCAAGUGGCAAGGAAGCCGUGAAGUUGAUUUGUAGCAGCGGAUUUCCAUGUGACAAGGUGGAGCUCGCAGACAUAGACCUUAAGUACACUGGCAGCGAUGGUCCAGCAGUUUCGAUGUGUAAAUUCGUAAAGCCUACUCUUGUUGGAAAGCAGAAUCCACCUGCUUGUGAUGCCCCUGCUACCCCUGUUGUUGAACUUUAAGUGCAAGGACAUCAGGGCUUCUAUUGUUACAUACCAAAGUUUUGUAGUCUUCAGUUUUUCUUACCCCUCAGUAUUUUAAUAAAUAGUCUAGCACUCUAGCGCAUAGACUGUCGAAUAAUUUGUAUGAUUUUACAAUUAUUCGUCUACUUUAUGUAAAUGAAAAUCAUGUUCCUUUUCUCUGACAUCUGUUUCGUCCAGUAUUGUGUUUUGGAGAUGCAAUAGCCAAGCCAAGAAUUUUACCGAAAACAGGCCUAAUAACACAAAAACUAGAGCAAGUAUCUUGCUUUCAUCAAGUGUAAACAAGCAUCAAAAGUAGCUCCUCCUUGAACGCAUUUAUAUUUUCUUAGCACUUGACACUCACUUGACUUCCAUUGACGAUGAUCCUUUUAUAUGUUAUCAAUGAAUUCACUAUGAAAUGUUCUUCAGCUAGAUCAAAAUUAUCUAAUCCCACAGCACCCAUAUCAGAAGCACUGAAGCAACUCAAGAUCAGUUUUACGUCAAUCCAUACAAGCGCUAUGCUCAAGUAGUAAAGUGGACAUCAUAUCGGCCAUUUCAUAUACACGGUCUUAUAAGUUUGGAUAUAAUAGGUCAGAUGGUUAAUUGAGGAGAAAGUGAUCAUUCUACAAUAUAAUUUUUCCUGUAGUUUAAGAAGAUAAUAGUACCUCAGUAAUACACCUUAAGAGGAGACUCACAGUAGACACAGUAGAGUUUAAAAAAUGUCAUACAUAACUCUAUCAAAUCUACAUGAACUUAACGAAGAAACAAAACUUAACACGAUGUGAACGCAGAUAGAUCGACCCAAAUUAGACUAAUGGGAACUGUCAGAGUUACUCAGAAUAUGAUAGAAAACUAUACAUCAGAUAAAGGAGUUGGGAGUUGGGACAUUCAUUUUAUUCCGAAUCGAGGCAAGUCACUUAAUUGUUCUCAUAUACACCAUUUAGCUAUACAAAGCCAAAGAAUAUGAUGUAUGUAAACCAUAGGUUAUCAAUAAUUAUGGAUUUUACGGUUGGUUUAUUAAAAUAAACCAAUUGUUUACACCACUACUACUAUUAUUAAGGAGUAGUGGGUUUGAAACUUUGAAUAGACGGAAUGCUAUUUACAUUUCCUAAUAAAGGGUAGUUAUAGCCUUAUGGAGUUAUGGGUGGUAAUUGAUUUUAUUAUAAAAGUUACAGUGAAUAUAUUUUCAGACAUCCCAUAAUAAUUAAUAUGUAUUAAGUUUAUUAUGAGAGAGAUAAACAUAAUGAAAUAACCCGAAUCGACCGUUAACAAACACAAAUAUGAUCCGUUUACCCAAGUCCAAGAGCACCAACAGUUUCAUUCAACUCUACUCAUAAAGAAGUUCAAAAGCAAUGUGUAAAAAGAGGGCAAAAAAAAUACAAGCACAAAAGGGAGGUAGAUAGAACCUGCCUGUAGAUAGUAAACAGAGGAGCAAUCUGUUUACAGCAUUUUUAAUAGCUACGGUACUAAAUAAAAUUUGCAGUUUUUAUUUUUAUUUUAUUUUUAUUUUUUUUUUAUGGGAUAGUUGGUUUCUUGUUUUAUCUUAGUUAAUUACGCGGGAAAAAAAAAUUAGAUUCCUAAAAGACUAAUGGUAGAGAGUGAAAAGAACAUGAUUCAACUGAAGGUAACAAAGGUAUGAACAAAACCUUUAAAAAUUAUAGCUCGUUUGUCGUUUCAAUUAGAAAGGGUGCUAAUAAUAGAAAUAUAAGUAUUUUUAUGCCUAGAAAAAUAGUAUAUAAAGACAUAAGCAAGCGGGCACAAAGAGUAAAAAUAUUUCAAACAGUUAUAUACCAAAUAGAAAGAAAAAAAAAUGGCACCCAUAACAAAACUUCCAUUGUUCUUUAUUCUAUUUCAAUGGUGCAUCGUAGCGAUUAAGGGACAUACGGCCGCUAGUGAUGGUGUUGUAUUUGACAUAUGGAAUCAUGGAGCGAAACCUGAUCGCGAUGCUACACAGGUGAGUGAUUACGCAUGCUCGAAACAUACAUAAAAAAGCAUAAUAAACUUCUUUAAUGUCAGUUUUUUUUAGAGUACAAAGAUCUGUUUUCUUUUUUUUUUAACAAAUUUCUUGCUGUUUAGGCCUUUUUGAGUGCUUGGAAAGCAGCUUGUGCAGCGACUACUCCUACCACAGUUUUGGUCCCGAAAGGAUCAUAUGUGCUAAACGCAAUCAAGCUUCAAGGUCCAUGCAAGUCUAGAGUCACAUUAGAAAUUUUAGGGAACUUCAGGGCUCCUGCUGACCCGGUUCUAUUUAAGGGUGAAGAUACAUGGGUUAAGAUUCAAAACGUUGAUGGUUUGACUAUCACGGCUCCUAAAGGAGCAGGCGUGUUCGAUGGUCAAGGAUAUAUGGCCUGGACAAUGAAUAACUGCUCUAAAACUGGCAAAUGCAAUAGCCUACCUUAUGUAAGUUAAGCAUCCUUAAUAUUACACCAAGUCACCAACCAAGUCGGUCUAGUUUCAUCCCUAUCAAAAUGUAAGGAUGCUUAGUUUUUUUUUUUUUUUUUUUUUUUUUUUUUUUUUUUUUUUUUUUUUUUUUU